GUCCGAUGUCAAGAGAACGUAGUUACAUUCCCUAGUGAGACGCAGUGACGGAAGCAUGUUCAGUAUCAUAGGUUGUACUUAAUAUACACAAGUUUAAUACAAAUUUUGAUCAAAAUUAAAACCAUAUAGGGUUAAAAUAAAGUACGACGAUGAUGAUGAUGAUGAUGUUUGCGCGAAAUGAAUUUGUGUUGGUAACUAUGACGUAGUUUGAAAGAAAUCAUUAAAAACAAAAAAAAUUAAAAAAAAAAACAACAACAUAAUUCAUUUGCGAAUUUAAUCGAAGUGUGAAUAAGAAGAGUUUGAGAGAGAGAGAGAGAGAGAUUGAUUAGGGUUUCGAAUAAAACGUCAAAAGUUUGUAAACAAAGUAUGGCAGUGGAACCUCGUGUCCCGGGAAACACCAAACCCCUGGUGCCGCUUUUCACCAAGUCAACCGAUUGCAUUUACACCAGCUGCUAUUGCGAAGAAAAUGUAUGGAAGUUGUGUCAGGACGUUGCUACUAAACACGGAUCGGAAUUGCAACAUUGUCAUGUUGCAUUUAUUAGUAAUUCUCGACGUAGCGUACCACUUUGGCGUCAACGUGCUGGAAAAGACGAAGACAAACUCGUUGUUUGGGAUUAUCACGUGAUACUGAUUUACGCGCCCGAUGAAAGAGCCGUCGUUUACGAUUUGGAUAGCGCAUUACCAUUUCCAACACAUUUCUGGAAAUACGCUACGGAAACAUUCAGAUCUGAUGAAGCAUUAAGACCGGAAUAUCACAGACGAUUUAGAUUGGUACCUGCUAGUAUUUAUUUGCAACAAUUUGCAUCGAAUCGUCAACACAUGAAACGCGAGGAUGGCACAUGGAUCAAAACGCCACCCGAUUAUCCACCAAUUUCAACGCCAACGUGCAAAGACAAUUUGGAUUCGUUUAUCAACAUGGACCCGGGUACAGGAUUAGGAAGUGUCAUGAGUCUGAAACAAUUAGUUAACAGAUUCUAUAGGCCAAAUGUUAACACUCCUGCAUCACCCUCACCUCAGACUCAAGCAACUCCGACUUAAAUUAAUCAAAUUUAUUAACUAACGAAUCUCGUGUAACGAGUAUAAAAUUACUAGGCGUGCUCGUUCUUUUUCAUUUUCCUCGUAAUAAAAUAAACAACAUUAAAUAUCGUGUGGCCUAAGAAAGAAAGAAAGAAAGAAAGAAAGAAAAGAAAAGAAAAGAAAGAGAGAAUCGAUAGGUGCGCUUGUCCCUCGUAUAUGUGUGUGUGUCCCUCGUAUUAUAGAAAAUAUUUAAUUCCCUAGCUAUGGUGACUUUUAACCUCUCUUUUGACUUAUACAAGAAAAUAGGUCAAAUUAAAGUCUGUUGAAGAA